CCAACCCAAAUUGGAUUAAUAUAGUCAUCUUAUUAACGCAUGAGGGACAAUACGCACGUCAUCUUUUAAUAUAAAAUCGUCUCAAAUUUUAUAACCUGACAUCAUUCCACUCAUACCAUACCUUAAAAAAACUAAUUCACAACAAACAUAAAACUUAAGACCUAAAAAGUUAAGAUGAAAACUUUCCCAAUCCUCGCCCUUUUCGCCAUCCUCCUAAUCUCGGAAACUUUAGGAAACCACAGUUCUGAAGAAGAGGAAGGAUUCUUGUUGAAUAAUCGACGAUGUCACUCUGUCGGCACCAGGGUGACCAUAACUCGACCGGAUGGAUCUUCAGAAUCAUGUAUUUGUCAGGCCCCACCCACCACGACGACCUCGUCUACUACCACAACGACACCUCCACCCUCCACGACACAUCAUGGAGGCCGACGACCCCGACCGACCCGACCACCCCCACCACCACAUUCUAAAUGGGCCUGUACCUCAACCCCCGUCCCCACAACUACUAACCCACCACCUUCAACUUAAUCUGUGGUACAUUUCAUACAAUGUAUGCAUGGAUGGUUCUAAACUUUAAUGAAUAAUACAUACAUCUAAUUUAUAAAAUGUGUAAAUUAAACUAAAUUAAGUAAACUAAAUUGUCAUAAAUAAAUAGACAUACAAAAUGAAUAUUUAACUGCGUAAUUUUUUUUCUGGAAUUAAUACAAAUAUUCUGUUCAUAUCUACCUUCCUGAAUAAAUAAAUAAAUAACUUUUCUACAUAUCUCGUAUAGUUUAGGGAAUUAAUUAAUAUAAAAGUUCAGAUCACAAUUUACUAUUCUCUUAAUCCUUCUCAGAUUCUAAUUUAACUUUUUUCCCGUUACAAAUUUCUCCCCAAUUAUUUUCCCUUUUUAUCCCUACACUAUUUUCCACCUUGACCUAACCCUGCCUCAGUCUUAUUAACCUCUCCAGAUUUUAAUUCAUCAUCUUCCAGAAUCACUUCGGUUUUUAUUCGGACCACAUUUUCCUCAAAAUUUGUUUCCUUAUCUUCUUCUCCGGACGAACUAUGCUUUGUCGUUAAAUGAUCAAAAAGUUUAUAAAAUUCGACCUUCUCUCCACAAAGGAUGCACAAUCCGUUCCAAGAAGUGUGAAUUUUUUUGGCAUGUAUCCCCCAAGCUGACGCCGAACUAAACGAUCUCCGACACGUGUACACCGGACAGACAAAGUUAUUCUGAUUGGAGCAAUUUCUGCUCUUCCGCAAAUUGAUACCCACAUCUUGCACAUUUCGUCUCCUUGGGCCUCCAUCGCCAACGGAAUUCUUUCGGGGUGUGGCUAUUUAAAUGAAGGACGUAACAUUUUUGCGAGGAGAAGAGUGCCGAACAGACUUUGCAGCUUCGGAAGUAAUUUGGGGGGAGAGGUUUGGGAGUGAAGAGGGGUAAUAUUUUCCAAGGGGUGAGGUUCACAGGGUCUGAAAUUAUAUAAUUAAGGUAGAUAAAUAUGGUAGGUAGGUAUUUAUUGAAAUCUCGAUCGAUGUGGCUUUAGCCUUUACAAUCAUAUAUGACAUCAUAAAAUCCAUUCAAUUCA